UUUGAAAAGAAUGAAGAUCACGGAGUAAUGCAACCCGCGAGGUUAGGUUUCUUUAACAAUGUGGAUGACUGGAGUUGUUAAGACAUCCUGGUUUACAAUGAUCUAAUUUUGAAUUAUUAUGCAAUUAAAAAUAGAAGAAAAGCUUUCGUUCUUGGGCUUGAUAUAAGCUACAUAGUGUGUACUUUUCGUUGGACAUUAUGCUAGAGGGAUAUAUUUACUUCGAGAUACAAGCGGUCCGUAAAAAGCCACGAUUGUUACAAGGAGACACCAUUCAUGAAACUCGUCGUAAAUUGGAUUUUACCCAAAGAAUUCGUAUAUUUGUGCUUAUGUAGUAUGCAAUUAUUUCCCACUUAAUGCAGCCUGUAUUAAACCUGCAAAUAUUGAAUGGUGAAUAAAGGUGUUUCAUUGAAAUUGGAGUCGAUCUGAACAUUUGAGUUUGAAGAUAAUGAAAAAAUAUAACCUGAACAUCGAGGAAAUGCAGUAAGCUAUGGAGUAGCUUAACUAUGUGAAACAUUUAAGGGACUUUUUUGACAAACAUGUUAUCAUAAUACACACAGUGAUAAGUAAUGGUAUAACGAGGUAAAGGAGUAGAAUAUUGUGAAAAUAAAACAUUUUCUGCUAAGUAUCAACGUGUAACCCAAGGAGAACAAGUGUAAUCCUAUGGCGUUCAACUAUCGGCUAUCUCUUCCAAGCGUCACAGACCACGCUAGAAACUAUUCGGCGAGGACCCAAGAGAAAAUAUCGCGAGCGAAUGCAUAGCAUUGUUUCAUUUGUUUGGAUAUUGCCAUACUGAUCAGUAGAGGUUUGGUUUAUGAAGGAAUUAUUUUAUCAUAUGCAUCGAACUCUCGAAAAGUGAACGAGUAUUUAUUUUAUUUUUCAAUUCUACCAAAAAGUGUUCGUUAGUUUGUUUUGGUUUGAUGAAGUGAAAGUGAGGAUGAACACAACUUCAAACGGCACGAUGGAGUUCACUCAGAACUUUUCAACAUAUUUCUUUAAUUCGACAACCACUAGUUCUGUAGAACAUAGUGAAAAUGUAUCAACGUUGAAUGUUACAGAAAAAAUAUUAUCGCAAAGACCGUUUGUCAACGCCACAAGUGGAGCUCUGUUUGAAUUUGUUGAGAACGAAGCGAUGAAAAUUAACAUUUAUCCUCUGGUUUUUGCAUUUUGUUACGCUAUUCUUGGGUUCAUUGGUAACAGCAUAGUUAUUUAUGUGUACUUGUGGAAGUGGAAGAAGAACAGAACACGAGUGUUUAUUUUGUGUUUAGGAAUUCUAGAUUGGCUGAACUGUACGUUUUCUAUGCCGCUUGAAAUUGCAAUUCUGUUGAAUCCAUUAUCUUUUGACCACCACUGGGUUUGCAAAAUAACUCGAGGCUGUACGUACGUGAUAAACAACACCGGCAGUCUUGUGUUUGUUUCUAUUGCAAUUGAGCGAUUCCUGGUCGUUCACUAUCCUAUAAAAAGUCGCCAGCUCACGCCGCGAUUUGCGAAAGGACUUUGUCUGGUGGCGUUUCUUAUAGCAUCGGUUGUGUCAUGGCCAUCAUACGUGUUUUAUGGUACUCAUACCCUUACUUUUCCUAUACCGAAAUUCCACUCAAAUGUGAUCGGAAAGACUUGUUUGAUAGCCGAUGAACAUGAAAUUAGAAAAGGGAUCAUUUUGAUAUACACCACAAUAUUAUUUGCUCUUUUGAUCUUUACGUUCGUUGUUUUGUCGACGUUGUAUAUUGCGAUUGGCCGAAAGAUUUAUAUGGCGACUUGCACUGAUUUUGGCCAUGACGAAGAGGGGACAGCAACAAAGAGGUUCGGCAAAAGUAUUAUUUCGGCACUAACUGGUGUAACAAAAGAGAAGGACGUUGUCCAGCUAAAGAGACAAUCAACAAAGAUUAACGAACGUGCAUUCGUAACCGACAGCAGUUACGACUCAGGAAUAAAUAGUUCUCUUAACAGAGGUUCGUUCUUGAAACGAUUAUCGUUUCAAGGCCAAAAGCCAGUUAUGAGAUCUCACAAGGCGGUGGAAUUUAAAAUUGAUGAGGAGGAAUCGUGCAUGACAGACUGCGACACAAGUGGUAACGAUUCAAAUAAUUAUCUAAGACAGUCCAAUCGACCAAUGGGAAGAAGAAUAACUCGAAAAAGGUCGACCAUAAAAAUGAGAGCCACGAGGACGAAUACAAUUAUGAUGAGAGUGGUAACCAUUGCAUUUAUGUUGUCAUACACGCCGUUUCUGAUUAUCUUGAUAAUUAGGUAUACUCAUGACCAGGAUUCCUUGGCUUAUUAUAUGUCUCUUGAUACUCCAAAUAAGGUUGCUUAUAAAGUGUUUCUCAAUACCUAUUUCAUUAAUAGUAUGAUCAAUCCAUAUAUUUACGGUUUUAUGAAUGCUGAAUUUCGGAAGCAAGUGAAGGAAUUAUUCCGCAAAAUAUUCUGUUCCUCGUGCAUCAAAAACCGAAACCAAAGCUAUAUGUAAUGAAUGUAAGAGUGUAUACGCAUUUGUAUUAACAAUUGUUUAUGUUGCUGACUCUAAGUCACUACAUAUGCACUAAAGAGUAAACUUAUAGAAAAUACGGAUGUAACACAGAGACAGUAUCAAUGUCUCAUUCCUUUCAAAGAAUCAUUCAUGGUACCCGUCAAAAUUAACUAUAUCAUUAACAUUGUAUGAUUGUGUAAAUAGUUUAUCAAUGCUUGAUGAAGUUACCCCUUGAUAUUUAAAAUGUCAUUAGGAAACUGGUCUUAUUUUUAGUCAGACCUGUGUGGCUCUUUACGACGGAUUUAAGAUUUGUAUGUAAUAUCUGCUUUAUCAUUUGAAAAGGAAAUAUUAUGAGUAAUAAAUUGUAGAAUAUUGAAAUAACAGAAUUCUUCAAACUUAAAAGUAGAUAAAAAUGAAGAACCAAUAUUUAUCUCGUUAACAUUUGAGUGUUGGUAAGUUUUAAUGUACAACUUAAAGAACAAACCAAGGCAUUCAGUUAAUUACUUAGCGAGUACCAGAAAUUAAUCGAGUGACAAUAUUACUAAUAACCCAGAGUAAUAUUAUUUAAAUCCAAAACAUUUUUCAUCAAACUGAAUCUUAUUACAAGCAAGAUUAAUAUUAUUUGAAAACUAAAUAGUACGAUUAUUGAAAACUUUUAAAAUUCUGCAAGUGCUGAAUAGGCAAAGAGUUGAGUACAAUUCAAAAUUAUCGCAAUCACCACAAUCGCCUUGGAUUAUUGAAAUUAUGACCUACACAUAGAAUAUGUAUGUGAUUAAAAGACAUUUAAUACAUGUCUAAAGUUUUGUAUAAGGUUCAAGCCAAACUUUAAGACUUUAUGACAAAUUGUUCAGAAUACGAUAGGAGUUCUACAUCAGUCUGUUGAUUUAAUACUCAUAUACAGUCAUCAUGACAAAUUGUAUAUUGGAAGUACUUUACUUUGCUCUCCUGAGCCUACAGUUUGAAUGAAGGCGGUGUUUGCAUAUGAUCUGCGAUGACUGCGACAAUUGCUGAUAUAACUCAACUAAAAAGAUGGUUUUAUUAAUUUAGGUAUUGCGUAUUAGUUGUACAUGAAAUAAGUAAGUAAUGAAAAUAUUCCAUUUUCAAAAGCGAUACUAAUUAAAUACUGUUCUGCGGAAUAGAUAAUUCCAUUUACAGUUUUAAUAUUGUUUUCACAGUAGAGCUCUUAUUUGAAAUAUUUUAUCAUUGAAACAAGUAUUUUGUUCCUAUUUCACUAAAAUAUUCAAUGUAUAACUAAUAAUUUCUGAAUAUACGAUAUGAAUCACCUAAUAGU